GUAAACCGGAAACAGCGAUUCUUUCUAGAAUUUUGUAGCAGCAUUUAGCUAGCUAAUGCUGUGUAGGUUCUACUAUAUUUAUCCUGGAAGAAGUUCAUAAAUACGCAUUUUUGAGAGGUUUGACAGCGUCAGGGUGUUUUCUGACGUGCUUAAAUUUGUCGUGGUCAACUUCUUUUAACUUAUUAGACUUUCAAAACAAGCUAAGGCUGUUAGCUUGGUUUGGCUUGCAGGAUGUCAAGGAUAGAUUACAGCGUGUGGGACCACAUUGAGGUCUCGGACGAUGAAGAUGAUACCCACCCAAACAUCGACACACCCAGUCUUUUCAGAUGGAGACACCAGGCCCGUGUGGAGCGAAUGGACGAAUUUCAGAAGAAGGGCGAAGACAUCAACAAGAGUCUGACUGAAUGUCGGCGCAAGCUUGCUGAGAUGCAGAAAAAAUUACAAGAGAUGAAGGUUUCCACAUCUGAUGAUGCCAAAGUAGAGCUGAGCAAAGUCCAGACCGAGGAGAAGAAGUUAAGAAAGGAGGAGCGAGAAUGGGAGAAGAAGAUGGACGAGUUCAACAGAGAGGAGAAGAAGAUGCCUUGGAAUGUGGACACACUCAGCAAGGAUGGUUUCAGCAAGAGUAUCGUUAAUGUCAAACCUGAUCCUUCUGAAGAGACUGAAGAGGAGAAGGAGAAAAAACACAAAACCUUUGUGGAGAAGUACGAAAAGGAGAUCAAACAUUUUGGCAUGUUGCGACGUUGGGACGACAGCCAGAAAUACCUCUCUGACAAUCCUCAUCUUGUUUGUGAAGAAACCGCCAACUAUCUUGUCAUCAUGUGCAUUGAUCUUGAAGUUGAGGAGAAACAUGCACUGAUGGAGCAAGUGGCUCAUCAGACUAUCGUCAUGCAGUUUAUCCUUGAGUUGUCAAAAAGCCUCAAAGUGGACCCCCGUGGUUGCUUCCGUCAGUUUUUUACCAAGAUCAAGACAGCAGACCAGCAGUACCAGGACGCCUUCAACGACGAGCUGGAAUCAUUCAAGGUGCGAGUUCGGGGAAGGGCGAAGAUCCGCAUAGAAAAAGCUAUGAAGGAAUACGAGGAAGAGGAGCGACAAAAGCGCAUAGGUCCUGGGGGGUUAGAUCCCGUUGAAGUGUACGAGUCCCUGCCAGCCGAGAUGCAGAAAUGUUUUGACGAGAAAGACAUCCAGAUGUUACAAGAAGUCAUUAGCAAAAUGGAUCCAACGGAGGCAAAGCUUCAUAUGAAGAGGUGCAUUGACUCAGGACUCUGGGUUCCCAACGCCAAGACUGAUGGGGAUGAAAAAGAAGAAGAAGAAGAAGCCACCUACGAAGAGGUGAAGCAGGAACCAGAGGAACCAAAGACAGAGUGACGAGAGAAAAGCCGUUAUCGUUAUUUGCAAAUGUACUCGCCCACUGUUGUGUAACUUCAUUAUGCGUAUGAUUAGUUGGCUGAUCAAUGGAGUAACGCUCUAACGUUCAGUAAGAAUAAACGGAGUCCUGUUCGUUUUACAACUGAACUUAGUUGGAUGAGUGAUCCCAGCUUGGACAAGGAACUGCUGCUGUUCUGUUUGGGCAUCACUGAUGUUUUAUUUGUGUGCGUUUCAGUUUGUGUAGGUGUUUGAACUGACGCCUGCCUGGCUGCAACAUUUGGAUUAGUGUAUUCCUUUCAGAUUGGGCUUCUUUUUUUCUAAUUAGGUUUUGUUGACAUUUAGCUCUUAUCCAAAGAAUCGUAUUCAGUUGCUCGUAUGUGUCUGUUUCUAUAAACUUCUGUCUGAACUCUCAACCUUUUCAAGAACAAGUUAUUGUGUGUUUAUCUGCAUGGGUGACAUGUUGAAAGAUGAUAUGCGUAAGAAUCGCAUCCGUUUUGU